UACUCCCUUGUCAGUUAGUCAGUUACGUACCCGCAUCGGGAAAAUUGUGACGUUUAGGUUUAUUUGACUCAUAUUUAUUUCACUUAUGCUGUCUUUUUUUAUUAAGUGCCAAUGAUUGUAAGGUUUACUUUAAUUAAAUUAAAAAAUAAAUAAAAUAGUUUCAUUGUCAAACAACAAACUUUCAAAAUAAGUUAAACUAAUGAGAGAAUGAAAAUAUUAUUCAUGUAGAAAAGUUUUAGUGUUACUUGAUAUUUCUUAAAAGUGUUUUUGUCAAAAUGCGGGAAUUUACGAGAAGACAGUGGUUAACUGUGGCGGUUAUUUCUGUUGCUGAUUUUUGUAAUGCAAUUUGUGUCGCACUGCAAGCGCCAUUUUUUCCACAAGAGGCUGAAAAGAAAGGAUGUACAGCGACAGAGUACGGGCUAGUAUUCGGAGUGUUCGAACUGGCAGUGUUCCUCAUUAGUCCGUUCUACGGAGCGCAUCUCAACAAGCUGGGGCCUAAGUUAGUCUUCAACGCGGGGAUUUUGACUACAUCGACAUGUGCUAUUUUGUUCGGAUUACUGGACAAAGUAGACGGACACAUACCGUUCGUAACCCUGGCAUUCACGAUUCGCAUCAUCGAGGCGAUGGGGAACGCGGCCUUCCUCACCGCCUCCUUCGCCAUCAUCGCCAAGGAGUUCCCUAACAAUGUAGCCAGCAUGUUUGCGUCCUUGGAAACGUUCUUCGGUCUUGGUCUCAUCGUGGGACCGAUGCUGGGCGGAGCUUUAUACAAUUGGGGCGGCUAUUCGCUCCCCUUUGCUGUACUCGGCUCCACACUCUUCCUUACCGCCAUACUGUGCUACGUCACUCUGCCGAAGACGUUCGAUGAUGAAGAUAUUAAACCAACAGGGCCAACAAUGAUGUCUUUGCUAAGAAUUCCUGGAGUAUUGCUUGCCGCAAUCAGUAUAAUUUCGACGAGUAUGAGCAUCGGAUUUCUACAGGCGACACUCGAACCACAUUUACGAGAAUUUCACUUCUCCCCAAUAAUCCUUGGCGUGAUCUUCGUAGUCAACGGUGGUAUAUACGCGAUAUCAGCACCCGCUUGGGGCUGGCUCUGCGACCACCCCUACAUCAAGCCCAAGUACAUCACCGUGGUUGGCCACAUGUUCGUAAUUGGUGCUUUCUUACUUGUUGGACCUGCGCCUUUCAUUGAUGUCACUCCCUACACAACAACGAUGCUCUGGCUCAUAAUUUGCGGUCUGGUGCUACACGGUCUUGGAAUCGGAAGUCUUCUGGUUUCGUCAUUCGCUGAUGCCCUUGGUACUGCAAUUUCGUGUGGAUUGCCAAACUCUAUUGAAACCUAUGGCCUGGUGUCUGGUAUGUGGACGUCUACCUUCGCGCUGGGCGCUUUCAUCGGCCCCACUGUGUCGGGCUUGCUCUUCCAAUUCAUCUUCUUCAGAGCUUCCACUUAUUUUAUUGUCAUCCUUCAUUUCUGUGUAAUGGCGGUAGUUCUCCUGUACCUAUGCACGUGUGACCGCUACAAGAUGGAGGUAUCUGUGUCAGCGGGUGACCUCAUGCAGUUGGACGGCACUCUUGACGAGAGCGUGCUGAUUGGAGAUAAAUUCAUCGUACCUCCUCCUAAACCUAAGAGUCGCCGUUACGGCAUAAGUGUGGAACAGUCGCGGCCUCCAGCGAUGAACAGCCUGAUCGCCUGCUCCAGCUACAAGAACCGUCGCAGCCCGUGGAGCCAGCGCACGCCGCGCUACCGGCCCUCCUACGGCAGCCUCGACCAUCGCUUCCGUGCCUCGCUCUCCGUUACAUAGUAGCAUAAUGUAUUGCCAUUACUUUACUACAUUAAUUAACCACAGAAUACUAGGUAGAUGAAGAGUUAAUCGUAACAAGCUCCAAACAAACGUAGUUUUGUUUCUCAUUGAAUAUCAAUCAAUCAAACUCAAUGAUCUUGAAAUUAAUAUCUGUAGCUGUGGUUUUCAAAAUGUUUGUAAAAAUACGUAGUUCUUACACAGGCUCAAAGAUUUACCUACAAAUGUUUGAGGCCAUGUAACUUUGAAACCACUCAUUUUUACGGAAAUUUGGCAAACCAUAGACACAGAACGUGAUCUACAAAAUUUAGUCAAGUCAAUAUAUCUCUACUCUUUCUCUCUCUCUCUCUUUUAUAAGGCUCAAGUACCCAUCAUAAUCAUCGUGUUUGGGCUCGUUAGAUUUGUCUUGAAAAGCGCUGUAGGUCUAAAAUCUAGAUGAUACCUACGGUCUCGGGAUGGAUCUGGGAAAUGGAAAUUCUUUUUAAUACAUGAUUUAAAUAAAAGCUUGUUUUAAAAAGGUUUUUUUAUAGCCUUUAUUAAACUACUGCUUACGACCAUCCAAGGGAUUAAUAACUUCUGAUUAUUCACGACAGAUAAUUACGGAAUAUAUUUACUUAUAUAAUAUUAAUAAAGUACUUCAUUGAUAAUAAUUGGUACAAUACUAAAGGUGUCACAGUAGGUAUACGACAUUUUAAUUAUUUAGCAUAUAAGGUAUAAAUUAUUUUUUAUGUAUAUUUUCCAUUCCCAUACAUAAUAUACUUAAUGCCAUUGAUUAUACGUAAUUAUUUUAAUUAUGAGUGAUUAAAUGUGUUUACUAUAAGGACAUAUUUUGUAUAAUUGAUUCUCUUUAAAUGUAACAAAUUACUGUAAAUAUUUUAUUAAAUAGAAAAACAAAUGUU